ACAACAGAGAGAGACUAAUUCAGCUAGAGAUAGAAGCGCAGCCACAGAACUGACUAAUAUUGGGACUGUUUUUAUUUUGAUCGCAUAAUUGUGUAGUUGUAAAGUUAGUGUAUGUCCGACAGUGGAGUGUGUUGAGGCCAGAGCUUGGCUGCGUGCACAGGGAACCAGAGAACAGACUCGUGCAUAGUGUUAGCCUGGUAGCUAAGUUAAGCUAAGUUUGCAUUUGGGCAGCUGGUCUCUUGUAGUUAGCAUCGAUGAAGAAACCCAGUGCCGGUGUCAAACCUCUGAAUAAGACUGACCAGCCGGUGACCGUUAGCUAGUUUCUCAGAAAGACAACAACAGAAUGACAGAGGAUGCCAUCCUGCUGAAUGUACCGGUCAUUCGGCAGCUGUACCACUGGGACUGUGGGUUAGCCUGCUCCAGGAUGGUUCUGAAGUACCUCCACCCGGUCGACGACGAGGGGUUUCAGAGAGCAUGCUGGGAGCUGAAGCUCACAGAGAGUGUGUGGACCAUUGACCUGGCGUACCUCAUGGGCCAUCUAGGAAUCAAACACUGCUUUUGCACACAGACUCUGGGCGUUGAUAAGGGUUUUAAGAAUCAGUCCUUCUAUAAGAAGCAUUUUGACACCGAAGAAGACCGAGUGAACGAGCUCUUCUUAAAUGCAGAGAGCAAAGGUGUGGUGGUGAGCAAAUGUUCAGUAACCAUUGAGGAAAUCCAGUCCCAUCUGGAGCAGGGCCACGUUGCCAUAGUGCUGGUGAACGCUGUCGUCUUGACAUGUGAGCUGUGCUCCUCGCCUGUCAAAUAUUGUUGCUUCCUGCCCGUGGGUCAGAAGUGUUUCUGCAGGAAGCCAGAGUACCAGGGUCACUUUGUGGUAGCGUGCGGCUUCAACAGGACCACAGGCUGCAUUUACUACAACAACCCUGCGUAUUCUGACAGGGUGUGCUGCACCAGCGUCACUAACUUCGAGGAGGCUCGGCGAAGCUACGGGACAGAUGAAGAUAUCCUGUUGAUCUUUAAGGAGAGUUGAUGGACAGCGAUGAUGAUGAUGGUGGUGGAUUUGGAUUUCCCUCUUCCUCGGCUCAUCAUCGUUUUGACCUCUCGCGGCUGUGGGUCUCCAUACAUGGACCCCUGCCAGCUGAUCCCUUGGACUAUUCCCUCCGGUGCUACCAAGUCGGACUGCUCUCUUGAAAAACACCCGCUGCAGAAUGCUUACACCCUCUUGAACUCGACGUCUGAUAGAUUAACAGCUGGAACGUCUAGAGUCAAAGGGUUUGGUUUCUUUCCACACAAGCAGAUAGUCAAAAUGAAUUGUAUUGUUUGUUGAAUAUCGGCUGCAGUUGGCUAAUAGAUAGAAUCUAUUGAUAUUGUGAGCAGAGGAUUUGUAGACCUGUGGACUUACAGUGGAUGAAAUGUGGGACUCAAACCUAGAAUAGGAAACACUACAACCCAGUGUAGAAUCCAGAGCUGAUGCUGUUUUCAGUUGUGCUUAGUGCUGAAGUCUGAAGGGGUUCUUCUGUAGCCGCCCUCUCGCCUCUACCUGCCUUGUAAAGCAUUCUCACUCUCCUCUCGGUCACGAUUAAUUUAAAUGAGUCUAUCAACAGGGAAAACAGGAGCUGUCGUGUUUUGAGAGUCUCAGGAAAUGAAUGCCCUGAAGUGUGACAUUGUGCAUCAAAUGACAAAACUAGUUUAAUGCAAUAUCUGUCUGUGGAUCUCAAUCUGCCUGCAGAGGAGCAUGGACAGACACAAUGAAACUCACCAGUUGCUGACAGCAGUGAGAACUCUUUCAUUUCCACAAUGUCACUGAGUUGUUUUAUUUUUUAAUUUAGGUAUUAUGUAUGUAUGUACAUUUUUGCACAACACUUUUCAUACCAGAUGUAAUUAAGUUAUUGACAGAUUUGACCAUGAAAUUGCUUUUCUGAAUCUUGUGAAAAGUAGUUUCCUCUAGUUGUGCUUCUUGGUGAGAACAAACUGCACAUUUUAAACUUUAUUUUGUAUUAAACAUAGAGCUGCAUUUAUUAUAUGUUAUGAUUAAAGGAUUUGAAGAAAUUGCUA